CGCGCAUGCGCAGACACACUCGUGGGGAGGUCCGAAUCCUUUGGCUUAUGAUGGCGGAGCUGGGUGAGGCGGACGAAGCGGAGUUGCAGCGCUUGGUGGCGGCCGAACAGCAGAAGGCGCAGUUCACUGCACAGGUGCAUCAUUUCAUGGAGCUAUGUUGGGAUAAAUGUGUGGAGAAGCCAGGGAAUCGCCUAGACUCUCGCACUGAAAAUUGCCUCUCUAGCUGUGUGGACCGCUUCAUUGACACCACUCUUGCCAUCACCAGUCGCUUUGCCCAAAUUGUGCAGAAAGGAGGACAGUAGGCCAUCCCCUGGGAGAAUGACAGAAGCAGCAAAGGACUUGUUAUUAAAGCAGAUUGAAGAGCCAGGAGGGGAAAGUUGUUAACCCAUUGUCAGGUCUGUUGGUGCUAAAAAGUAACAGAUCAAAUGUUCAAAAAGUGAAAUUUAUUUAUUUGGAAUUCAGAAAUUCCAGGUUGUAUCACAUCAAUUAUUCAAUAAAUGUGAAUUCUCCAA